AUGUUGCUCGAUUUGCUCUUUGACUUUUUGAAUCUGUACGGUUAUCUUCUUCUUGUGGUUAGCAUAUUAAUUGCUGCAAAAUCUGUGUUUGGUGCGGCUUACUGUACAGGAAUCAGAAAAAUCAAAGGUAUAGUGGAACCACCAGAGUGCGAAGCAUUUUAUGGACAUUUAAAUGUUCUUGGGGAAGACCAUGCUACCAAUUUGCAAACUAUAGGAGAUCGGUAUAACUUGAAGGUGUUUCAAGUAAGAUUUGGAGUCGAGCGAGCAGUAAUAUUACAUACUUUUGCUGAGGGGUUUUCAUGGUUUGUGAAGAACCACCAAUCUGCCCUCAUUGAUCGUCCACUUUUUUACACGUUCCACAAGCUAGUUUCCAAUACUCAAGGACUAACUGUCGGUACAAGUCCAUGGGAUGAAAAUUGCAAGAGAAGAAGGUUAGCUAUUACCAAGUAUAUGACCCGAACUGCAUUGCAAAAGAUACAAGAUUUGAUAGAUCUUGAGUCUUGUUCAUUUGUGAAAGAUAUAUGGAGAUUAACUUGUGAAGGAUCCAUUGGGGUUGAUCCACACAUUGCUGCCCAGAGAAUGUCUUUCAAUAUUACUACAAUGCUCUGUUAUGCCAUUCGGUUUGACACUAUUGAUUCUUCGUUGCUACUUGACAUUUUGAAAAUUGUGUCACAGGUCAGUAGUUUCAGAUCUACAAAUAACAAUUUGCAAGAUUACGUUCCAAUUUACAGGUACUUGCCAGAUAAACGGCGGGAAAUGGCAAAGGAAGUGAGUAAAAAGAGAGAUGUGUGGCUCAAUGACUUUCUCAAUAGAGCUUUCGAACGCAGCGAGGUUCGUGAGAGUUUUGCUGGGAGUAUGGGCACAAAAAAGCUCAGUCUUGAGGAUUUGAGGUCGAUUUGUGUCUCGCUUGUGAGCGGAGGUUUUGAAACUUUAGCUUCAAUCACGAGUUUAUUGCUAGCUCAAUUGAGCACUGAAAAUGGAAAAGAAUGGCAGGAGACAGCUUACGGAGAGCUCACUGAUGCCUACGGUAAUGACGGAGACAAACUUUGGAACCUGGUAACUUUCGAAGAAAAAUGUCCCUUUGUGGUUGCAUUGAUCAGAGAAACUCUACGCCAUUACCCGGUGAUACCUUUGUGUCCACCUAGAAAAACAACCCGUGAGUUUGAAUACGAAGGAGCAAAGAUCCCCAAGGGAGUCACGGUGAUCUUGAAUUGUCAAGCAGCGAACCACGACAAAGAACAUUUCGGAGCGGACGCAGAUGAGUUCAAUCCUGCCAGAUGGUUUGACGAGAGCCUCGAUAUCAACAAGCCACCAUUUCACUUCACUUUCGGAGCUGGUUCAAGAGCGUGUCCUGGAAUAUUACUCUCGCAUAGGGCAUUGUAUGCAACUAUUGGAAGGAUGAUAUUCUUAUUCAAGAUUGGUCCACAUGGUGAGAAACCUGACUUGAACUAUAAAACCUAUGCUGAAGACAAAACUGCUCAAACCUGGUCUCCUCUUCCUUUCAAGAUUUCCUUGGAACCUCGGGGACCCGUUGACAAAUUUUUAAAUAGGGACCAUUUGCAGCACUUGGUUGAACUUUCAUAUGAACACAUUUAG